AUGAUCGAUGCCCAACAUGCCUAUUCUCCACCUCUGGGUCUGGAAUACACAAUCCCUCUACCUCCUUCGCCCGUUGCAUUUUUGAUAAAAUGUGCGUCUUCACUUGAUCUGAGCGAGGCAGAAUGCUCUCCUCCCGAAUUACCACCAGCGCCUACCAUGCGCAUUCCUGCUGGAGACCCUGGCCCAAUGCCGGAGGAGAAGCCUGCCAUUGUAUGUGAGCCCAAUCCUGAACCACCCGUCGUUCAUCCAGACACUCGCACCAUUUUGGACUCGAAGGAUCAUGAACAGCUACUCCCUGCUGCCCAUAUACCCUUAGCCGUGAUCCCGGGGCCCCGGUCCCCGGAGCCCACAGUUUCAUUCGAGCAAUUUUCAACCCAGUACCGACGCUGCCAGCAAGCAGAGAUUGAAAAACAAGUCUUGGAGCAUCGUCUGAUUUCCACCAAGGUUUCAAUAUGUCUGUCUUCGAGGCUCUUGAGAACGGGAGCCACCGUGCAGCGUGGCCUCGUCGAUGCUUUCAGACAUGGAGAUAAACCCGGCUUUGUGGCAAUAUAUAACACGAUCCAUGAUAUACAAGAGGCCUGUGAACUUGGCUCCCACCGUUCUUCCCACCGACAACAACCCUUAUCAGAGGAGCCUAUCUUAUCUUUGCAUUCCCAGAGGCCCCGUGCUGUCAGUUUCAUGCAUCAGCUUAGUUCCCAAAGUAGGAAGGAUCUCCUGGAAAUUAUAACAUUGGUUAGAACAGAUUCCCAAUUCCUAGCGGAUUGUAUAACCGGCCUACUUCCAUCACAACUCUCUGCGCUGACUGCCCCCGUUGGUUUCUCCGCUUACGGGGAUACAAUUUCGUCUCAUUCAGCACGCUCUCGCAAUUCUGCCUCCUUCGCUAAACGUGUUAAUGCAAAUCCCAUACCAUUCAAGGAUCAUGCCUGGGCCCUUGAACGGUCUGAUCCGCUCUCUGCACUACUUUUCAAUGUUUUUGCUGUUCCCUUGGAUUGGCACCCCGGAGAAUCUGAACUACGCCUGGAUGUCUGGUCUUCCACGUGUGCAAAGCUGCUGUCCUCUGGAGAUAGUAAAUAUUCCAAUUUCGUUGGUCAGGUUUUGUCCUACUGGUCUACUACCAGCGACUGGCAGGCCCGCCAGAAAAUCGAACUUUACCUUAUGGACGUCUUGCAGAAAGGCGCAUUUCUCCUGGAGAAUAUUGAAAGCCCCGUAGCCCAUUCCCUUGGUACCGAACCUCCGGAUCCUCUGCGAACAGACGCCGCCGAAGAAUUCUUUGACUCUGCAGUUCAAACUCUGUUUGAAGUUCUUGAUGAUACCGACUCUGGUCUUCCAUCUGCGGCCCUGGAGUUUUGCAAUGCUGUUUUGAAUAAACUGGUCGAUUCUGAGACUCGGGACCGCUUCCUAGAAUUCAUCUUUGUCCAGUGGUUCUUUUCUAGAUACCUUUAUUAUGCUUUGACUUUUCCAGAGGGCCAGGGUCUGUUACUUGAUUUCCACAUCAGUAAGGAAGCCCGAGAGAAACUGUUGAGUCAGAUAGCUCUGCGCGCCCAGUCUCAAUUCUAUCGAGUUUUGCAUUCUGUGCCACAAUUUUCAACCGUAAACUCACAGGUGAGAAAACACGUCGACAGCAUGCUAAGGAGAUGUCUAUUUUCUUCUCCCGCACAAGCAUCGAAUGCAAAACCACAUAUGCCAGACAGCAAUGCCGCGGAAGUUGAAAAUCCGUCGUCUAGCUUUCUCAUGCUGUGUGCCUCGGAUGUUGUUACACUUUUGAAUGCCCUAUUUCCAAAGUCUGUUAACAGUCCGGCUGGUUCUCCUUCAUCUAAUUCUCCCCACCCGGUUUUGAGCUAUGCGCAACACAGUGGUCCCAGGCGAGCAACUCUGCCUGCUCACUGGUCUGGUAGGAUUGAGACAGUACUGGAGCGGCCGAAUCAUCCGGAACCAGCCAAACCGGAGACAACUCAGCGAGCAGGCUAUCAUCGAUGCGCAGAUGUCAUCCGGUUUGAAUUAUCUGACAUUGGAGAAACAGAAGAUCACCCUGUUCUGGACCAUCCAUCUACUGAAGAUUGGACCCUAUUGGAUGUUUCUCCAGAUGGCAAAUCCUUGACUUGGGACCCUCCUAGUGGAAACCACUCUGAUGGCGUGUUCGACGGUUUAUCUGACAGUGACCAUCACUCUGGAACCGUGCAACCCGAGGAGGAUUAUGAAGCACUCCACACCGCUAUAAAAAAGCUGGCCAAUACUUCUGAAACCUUCAGCCAAUCCAGAGGUCUGCGUACGUUCCGUGCUAACAAGAAUCAUUCCUUAGAAGAGAGAUUUGACACUGCACGGUCAGUCUGUGAGAGUCGUUCGGAUUUCCUUGGCGCUCACUACUGGUGGACUGCAUCAAAUCAUCUCAGGCAGAGCGUCGCGAAAUUGGCAAAGCUACCGCAAAGUGAUUCUUGGAUCUUGGUUCCCAUGCUUAAAUCAUCCAAUGAAUCCUUCCUUAGGUGUAGCGCAGUGAUCCAGGAGAGUGAAGAGGGUCUUUUCACUCUGAAUCCUUUUGUUGAACAACUAAGGGAGUCCAGCAAGAAUAGUAUUGCCAUUAUGACUAAGCUAAGGAACAAAAUGUGGUACAUGACUGAUGUCAAGAACUCUAUGCGGUAUGAAGACGCCAAGCAUGUGGCUCUUGCGUUGAAGACUAUGGUAUACCCAACACUACAUCGAGAAAGCCCCAAUGACUACCGUUCCCGCAAUGGAUCGAGGUAUCUUGGUGGAGGCCUACUUCAGAAACCAGAAGUGCACGUCAUGAACGUCAUGAAAGCCACGACCAGCCAAGGUGGCCCUAAUAAACUAAGUGACGAACAGGUUGAACUUACACGGAAGUGGAUCUCGCAUCACGGCAUUGAUAAUUUCUGUCGAGGGGAAGAGCGAAUUCAUAGAUUUUGCUACGAGGUCAAAUCAAGCAUCAAUAAGCUAGUGGGUGAUUCAAUGGCGGAGACCCCCGUGCUUUGGGCGAGCGAACUAUUCCAGAGAGAGCGUGCCAAAUUUGAAGGACCUAGCAGUAGGAAUAUUCCAGGUAUUCACACGACGCCUGGAGCUCGUCCUUCCAGCAUCAGCAGUGAAGAUGCAUUGUCCAACAUACCAUACGCUAGCCCAGGCUUACGAGGUGCAGAAUCACUACGACCCACAGACUUACCACCAUUAAUACGGAAGUCAUCACACCAGAGCUUGUCCUCUGAAAAGUGGAGAUAUUCGCGAAAUCUUGAUUUAGACACUGUCUCCUCAUCUGGUGGUUCUUACAGCAGAGCUACGUCUAGCUCUACAACUGAAUCUUAUACACCGUUUUGGUCACCGUUUCAAACACAGACGCAAUCUGCUGCUAGCGCUUCCAGUUUCCAGUCUCGGCCGCCGUCAAUGUUCAGCGACGCACCAGUGCCUCGUCGCACGGAGCGUGCUGCUGUCUACGGCAAAACGGUUUUUCUGGAUGAUCUCAGACAGACUUUGACCAGUCUGCUACUAAGUGACUUGGGGUCUCCUGUGUGGAGCUGUGGUAGCGAGACUGAUGCGUGGUUUAUCAACUAUCUCAACCAGACACGAGUGCAGAGGCAAAUGGACAAGCAGGCCAGGAUCCAGAAAUUCCUGGCCGAGUCUGACGACGCAAUGCAUCGGCGUAGCGGCAGACUGGCUUCUGGCACAUCUCAUCUUUCCCACCAGAGGAGCCAUUCGGCUGAUCCCAUCCUCAUAGGUAAACACGAAUCAAAACCCGUCACUGAAGUUCCGUUCGGUAAUUCAUUUUGUGAACAACCGGCAAGCGAGCAGCCGGACUUCAGUUACAAAUCUGCGUUUUCCCAGCUACUAGAUGUGUUUUCACGCAAUGCCAACCCUUAUGUGAAACUCGGGGCAUUGAGGGACCUGAGGGCGUUGAUAGUGGCAUCUUUAGACAGAGUCCGCGAUAUGUCACCGACACCUAAACAAAAGUCAAUCCGAUCUCAGGGUAUGUCUACGGAAAGAGUCAAAUCUAACCGUCAUAGCUUCACAGAAGAGCUAUUAUUAUACCAAGAAGAACUUCUUCGAACACCCACAUCCCCGAUGCCGGAAUCCGUCGACUUUGACUCUCACCCAUCUUACGAUAUUUUGAACACUUCUGAAAGCCGUAUCAUCACGACGAUUAAGAGCAUUUUGAAAGAAUUGCAACCCAAGACAUUGUUCCGGGACUUGCAAUUUAUAGCUGCCUUUCUGCCGAGCGACACUCUAAACAAGACAGAUAGCGGGACUGCAUUCCUGCAAUUUGGACUCGCAGCAUUGUCACUGAAAGAGGAUGUCUGCGCGAGCAUGGUCGAGUUGGCCGAUAAGAUUGUGUCUCAAGAGCUGAAUCGGCGACACACACAGUCAUUUGAUUUUAUUUCCCGCGCGCAGGAUCCGAUUGAGGAUGCAGCAAGGAUGUGGAUCAUCACAGCCAAGGAAGGAUACCCCGUGGCACAACGCGAGCUCGCCAUCUUGUAUCUGACACACCCGGAAAUUCUUCCUCGCGUGACACUCCCUCUAACCCUUCCGCGGGACACGUUCAAAGCGGAGAUGAUGUAUCGUCGGGACAGAGACUCUAAAUUUGAUCCGCAAAGUAUGUGCUUGGCCCUGCACUGGAUGCAGCUGUCAGCCAACGGCGGAGACGAAUUAGCAAGAAACCGUCUCCGAGAACGCGAGGAGUUUGAGUCUCUUGUUUGA